AUGGAUCAUCCGGUUCAAUUAAUUGUUGUGUCUGGUAAAUGGGCAAAGAAAGCGAAAUUUGUUUUUAACGCCGACGAUAGAGGUUGUAGAGUUGUCGAGGUAGAUGCGAAAACAACGCACGAGAAGCUUGUGAAAUUGGUUCUUGAUGACUACGGAUUGGAUGAGUUGAGCCAUAAGGCAACGAUGAGCUACAUGCUCUCGUACAAGGCUAUGAAAAAUAUGUCGCAUGAUACUCCCCCAGUAUAUGUCUCGAAUGAUCGACAGUUGCAUUGUUAUCUAAACCUAUUGAGAAACGAUCAACUUAGACUUUGUGUUGAGUUUGCGAAGACGAAGGCCGGAUCGAAUGGAAGGUCGAAACGGCCACGAAGUUCGGCUUCUUCAGCCCUAGAAAACCAAGAAGACGCUAGAGGAUUUGAUGGUUUCUGUUAUGAUUAUAGUGAUAUCCUAGAAGAUGAAGUCAAUGACGAUGAAGCAGAGUACGAAGAAGCAGAGGAGGAAGAAGAAGAUGACGAAUUUUCAACCCGAUUUGACGUUUUCGACGACUCCGAUGGUGCGUCAUCUGAUGAUGAUAACUUUGCUGCAUACGGCGAGCAUGAGGAGAACGAUGAAGAUUUACCGUCUCUUACUCAAAACAGAGCUCAUAACUUUGGCAUAGUGGGAUCGAUUGGGAACUCGGAGUCGUUAAGGGUGGAGAUGUCUAAGCUAAACCUCGUCGUAGGACAACGAUACGCGAGCAAAGCCGAUUUGGAGAAACGGCCGAAACUUCUUGCGGUGAGAGAUGGAUUUGAUUUUUCAGUACCAAAAUCAAAUACGACUAUAGUGAAUAUUACGUGCUGGGUUGAAGGAUGUCUUUGGAGAGUUCGUGCAUCUACAGAAGGAGAUGAGCCUGGUUUUGUUGUUCGUAUAUAUGAUUCGAUACACACAUGUUCUGUGACGGAGAGGUCUAAUCGAUCAAAACAAGCAACACCUGAUGUUUUGGGAGUUCUUUACAGGGACUUUCUUGGUGACAUUGGUCCUGAUGUUAAACCUAAAAGCGUUGGAAUUAUCAUUAGUAAGCAUUUUAACAUAAAGAUGGAUUAUUGGAAGUCAUACAAGACACUAAGGUUUGCAAGGAAGAUCGACAUGGGAACUCCCAAGGGAAGUUUUGGAGAAUUGCCAUCCUACCUAUACAUGAUAAGACGGGCAAAUCCGGGUACAAUAACGUGUCUUCAAAUUGAUGAGUGUGACAGAUUCAAGUAUGUCUUCCUUGCUUUUGGUGCGAGUGUUGCUGGGUUUGCUUACAUGCGGAAAGUUAUUGUUGUGGAUGGUACGUUUCUCCACGGUAGUUACAAAGGGACGCUUCUAACAGCCCUAGCUCAGGAUGGAAAUUUCCAAAUUUUCCCAAUAGCUUUCGGUGUUGUUGACACUGAAAAUGAUGAUUCUUGGCGUUGGUUUUUCACAAAACUCAAAGUUGCUAUUCCUGACGACAGGAAUCUUGCGAUCAUCUCGGACAGACAUAAGUCCAUAGGGAAAGCAAUUGGUGAAGUGUAUCCGUUGGCUUCUCGUGGAAUUUGCACUUAUCAUUUGUACAAGAACAUAUUGGUGAAGUUCAAAGGGAAACAUUUGUUCCCACUUGUGAAAAAAGCGGCUAGGUGUUUUCGGACAGUUGAUUUUACAGAAACAUUCAAUGAGAUUGAAGCGCUUACAUGGAUAUCUCCAAAGAGCUGGGGUGCAAAUGUGGGCGCGUGUACAUUUCCCAGAUGGUUUGCUGAACGGAGAGAGGAUGCGCAAUCACAGCUAACUCAGCUUUCACGAGGUGUUGAAAAACUGCUAGAGGGCCGUGUAAAUGCAUCAAGACUUAUGCAAGUACAACCGAUUGAUGCUUUACGUGUACAAGUACAAUAUAGAACAUCUUUGCAUGUUGUAAAUUUGGAUGCAAAAAGAUGCACAUGCCGUCGUUUCGACCACGAGAAAAUACCUUGCGUCCAUGCAAUCGCAGCUGCAGAGCAUAUGGGUGUGUCUCGUAUUUCCCUUGCCGAUCCUAACUACCGGACAAGUUAUUUGGUUAACGCGUAUGCUGAUUCAAUAAUGCCACCGGAUAUUGCACUCCCUGUUCCUGAAAUUGUAACUAACCAACCGUGCGUGCCUCCGAUCGUUGCAACUCAGCCAGGAAGGCCAAGGAAAAUCAGGAUUAAAUCUGCUGUGGAAAUUUCACUUCAGAAUAAACGCCCUAGGAAGCCACACGCCUGUUCUCGAUGUAAAGAAGUUGGGCAUAAUGCAAAAACUUUUCGGAAGUAG